AUGGUCAGAUAUCCACCGGGAGCAGGCAGUCAUGGUCAGAUAUCCACCGGGAGCAGGCAGUCAUGGUCAGAUAUCCACCGGGAGCAGGCAGUCAUGGUCAGAUAUCCACCGGGAGCAGGCAGUCAUGGUCAGAUAUCCACCGGGCAGGCAGUCAUGGUCAGAUCUCCACCGGGAGCAGGCAGUCAUGGUCAGAUAUCCACCGGGAGCAGGCAGUCAUGGUCAGAUAUCCACCGGGAGCAGGCAGUCAUGGUCAGAUAUCCACCGGGAGCAGGCAGUCAUGGUCAGAUAUCCACCGGGAGCAGGCAGUCAUGGUCAGAUAUCCACCGGGAGCAGGCAGUCAUGGUCAGAUAUCCACCGGGAGCAGGCAGUAAUGGUCAGAUAUCCACCAGACUAAAAUGCAACAAGGAGCUGAUGGAUAGUCAGGUGCUAACUCUGGACGCAGAGUUGGCUUAUUUUCUCCUGAACCGCUAUGAGAGUAUCACAGAAAAGGGCACCAGUUGGACAGUGGUCAGCCCCAUUGUCUUCACUUACAAGGUAACUGAGACCCAGAACUUGCUGGACCCAAGCAACGACACCCUCCUGCUGGGCCACAUCACUGACCCGCAGCAGCUGGAGGCCAUUAAACAAUCCAACAAGCCAAUCAAACGCUUUGUGGUGGUUGACCAAGAAGUCUACAAAAUCUACGGUCCCAAGCUAACUGAAUAUUUAGAGGCAAACAAUGUCCUAUACAAGAUUUUGGCUCUACCCACUACUGAGGAGAACAAAUCCAUGAAAAUGGCCUUGAAGAUCCUAGAGGAGGUCAACAACUUCUCCAUUGAUCGCCGCACAGAGCCCAUUAUUGCCAUCGGUGGAGGGGUGUGCCUGGACAUAGUGGGCCUGGCUGCCUCACUCUACAGAAGACGCACCCCUUACAUCAGGGUCCCAACAACACUGCUGUCCUACAUUGAUGCAAGCGUGGGAGCAAAGACGGGGGUUAACUUUGCAAACUGCAAGAACAAGCUGGGUGCCUACAUUCCACCCGCCGCUGCCUUCCUUGACCUUUCCUUCAUACAAACUGUUCCACGACGACACAUCUCCAACGGGCUAGCAGAGAUGUUAAAGAUGGCCUUGAUGAAACACAAAGGCCUCUUUGAGCUUCUUGAGACACACGGCCGUAUGCUGUUGGACACAAACUUCCAGGCUGAUAACAGUGUAUAUGGACGCAACUGCUUACAGGUUGCAUCACAAGCGACUCGUAUAGCCAUCGUUACCAUGCUGGAGGAGCUUUGCCCAAACCUUUGGGAGGAUGACCUAAACAGACUUGUGGACUUUGGUCACCUCAUCAGCCCAGCAUUAGAGAUGAAAGUUCUCCCAUCUCUGCUGCACGGUGAGGCAGUGAACAUCGAUAUGUCCUACAUGGUUUAUGUGUCCAAGGAGAGUGGUCUACUGACAGAAGAUGACAAGCAAAGGAUCAUCAGCUGCAUGGUGAACAUGGAGCUGCCUGUCUGGCAUGAGGCAUGUACCAUGGAGCUCAUACAGAAGUCUCUGCAGGAAAGGCUGAAGCAUUCGGGAGGCCUGGUCAGAAUGCCUCUGCCUGUUGGUCUCGGGCAAGCGGAAAUUUCUAAUGAUACAUCUUGUGAGAUCCUGCACAGAGCUUACUCAAAAUGGUGUGAUGAGCUGAACGUCUCCUCUGACAGCAACUGCGACUCUUAACCUGCCAAUCCCACAGCUGCAUCUGUUCAAUCUGUUUUUACGAGAACAUGUUUACAUUUUGUAGGGAGGUUUACUUCUGGUUUUGUACUCUAGUCAUUGCAAAAAAAAUGAAACUGCAGUUGAUAGCAUUUCACUCCUGUGUUUUCACCAUUACGGCAGCAAGGUCCAAAUAUAGGGUAACUGUAUUUGCAUGUGUUCUUACAGGCUGUUCUCACAAACCAUUCAUACAAAUAGCUACGUAAAGUAAUGCACACAGGAUUUCAAGCGGGAGAGCGAAGUAUGUCUUCCCGGAAGAAGUUAAGGAGAAAACAAGACUUUUUACUCAGGAAACCGAGGGUUUGAGUGUUCGUGUCCCGGGAGUACUACUUACAGGGGUGAUAGAAUGUUUAUAUAUGGUAUUUCACACUGUUCCUUAAUGUCUCCUAAUAGGGUAUGUAACAUUGGUUGGGCUGAAAAUGGCCCAGGUGCUAUUUUUUUUGGCCCUUAUGCAUCCCUGUGUAAUGGCUCUAUUUGGAAGGCAGCAAACCCGGCCAGCAGCCGCCGCCUGUCCCGGCAGAUUGUGGAGCUCGUAA